AUGGUGGAAAUCAAAAACACGCGCUCGAUGCGGACCCGCAAAUUUAGCCGAAAUUGGGACGGCACGAUCUGGUUUCGGUUGAUAACAUCGAGCAAGCAGCGACCGGUCGCGUGCGCAGGUCCGCUUAGGGCAGAACAGAAGGGGCAGCGGACUGAUAUCGUUCUUUCUCCCUCCCUCUCUGCUCCGUUUGCGAACUUGCAAUCCAAUACUCCAGCCUCGAAUUGGCGAUUGAGUGCAAGCGCCGUGCAGAGUUUAGCAAUGCGACGGGAGAUGUCGGACGAGCUUAAAUCCUUCUUGGACUCCGGUAUCUAUCGACUUGAUGUGGAUGGGUCGAAGGUGGCUUUCCUCGACCCCGUCCGUGUCCUCAACUGCUCCUUCUCUCGGUUUAAGAUCUCUCCUUCGGCUUACUAUUCUCGCUCCUUCCGUUGUUCCACGGAUGGAGAUGAAAGCAAGGAGGAUAAGGUUUUCCAAGUGACUAAGAAGAGGAAGAAAAGACGGCCUGCUCGCAAUCUCAAUGAGAGGGAAGAGGCUGCGGAGAAGCGCCAUCAAGAAGCAAGAUCUUUGUUGCUAAACGCGCACAAAGCGUUUGUGCAAGCUAAGGAACUCCAAGCUUUGCUUCCCAAAUUGGUGAAAUGCGAAACCUGUUUGCCUGCGAGGAAAGUUGUUGAAUUGGAUUUUAUUCAACUUGGAAGCCUAUGGCAAGCGCCUCUGUACGAGAUAUCUCUUUGUCUGAGAAAGGAGGUGUUAGAUGAGACAGGAGGUCAUGAACAAGGUGAGAAUGAUGGAUCUGCAGCACAUCAAUUGUUCAAUAACUUGAUUUAUAAUGUUACAAAUGAUGAUGUAGAAGCUGAGAUUCUAGAAAAUUGUUAUAUAUUGCCCAGAAGAAGCUGCUUUUACAUGUCUGACUUGAGACAAAUCCGCAAUCUCAUACCAGCUCACUCAAAAGAUGGCUUUAACUUUAUUGUGAUUGAUCCUCCUUGGGAAAAUGGGAGUGCCAACCAGAAAGAAGUUUACCCAACUUUACCUAACAGACAUUUUCUUUAUCUUCCUAUCAAGGAACUUGCACAUGAGCAAGGAGCCCUUGUUGCACUCUGGAUUACGAAUCGGGAGAAACUUAGAAUUUUUGUCGAGAAGGAUCUGUUUCCUGCUUGGGGCGUGAGAGAUUGUUCUGUGUGUUAUUGGUUAAAGGUGAGAUCGGAUGGAUCCUUGAUCGGCGAACUGGACUUAUUUCAUCACAGACCAUAUGAAUGCCUGCUUCUUGGGUACAUAAAUUUGCAGAAUGAUGAUCCAAAAACCAUUCCAUCUCAUUUUCUCGGGAGCAACCGAGUUAUUGUCAGCAUUCCUGGUGAUUACUCAAGGAAGCCACCACUCGGCGAAUUGUUGAUUGAUCUUAUACCGGGUCCUCGGCCUUCCAAGUGCAUUGAACUUUUUGCCAGAGAACUGGUGGCCGGGUGGACCUCGUGGGGGAAUGAACCGCUUCAUUUCCAAGACUCAACCUACUUCAUGGAAAAAGAACAAAAAUUCAGACAAUUGAUCUGAAAGCUCCUCUGAUAUCAUUUUCCAAUCACCAAAUGCCUCAAGGAGUAUUUUCACAUAUUUUUCCUGGGACGGCAAUCACGCACGUGUAGGCCACGUGCAAAUGGAUAGUAACGACGUGACGUAACGAGUGAGAGCAGCGGAUGCACGUGCACUUACCUGUCUUUGUGUACUUCAUAAUAAAUUCAAAUCCUAUUAAUAAAGUUAUAAGUUAUUAUUAUUAUUGUUAUUAUUAUUAUUAUAAAGUUCCACGUGGUUUGACGAAAUUAAAUGAUUUUCUUUAUUUUAUGUUCUUGCGUAGGAAACCUUCCCUUUCGACGUACCUUCAACGGACCGUUCGAUUGGCGAAUCCAUUUGUCAGACUCAGAGGAUGUCCGGCCCGUUGACCGGGAGUCAACGUAACAAAGCGUG